GCUCCCAGCGCCAUGAGGAAUUUUAAAGGAGUCAAUUUUGGGAGUCUGCUGAGCAGCCAGAAAGAGGCUGAAGAGUUGCUACCUGACUUGAAGGAGUUCCUGUCCAAGCCUCCAGCUGGGCUUCCCAGCUGCCGGUAUGAUGCAGAAAGAAGACAAACCUGUGAUGCCAUUCUGAGGGCUUGCAAUCAGCAGCUGACUGCCAAGCUGCCUUGCCCUGGACACCUAGGGAGUCUGCUGGAGCUGGCAGAACUGGCCUGCCAUGGCUACUUGGUGUCCACUCCCCAGCGCUCGCCCCUCUACUUAGAACGCAUACUCUUCAUCUUCUUGCGGAAUGUUGCCUCACAAGGCAGCCCAGAGGCCACACUCCGCCUAGCCCAGCCCCUCCAUACCUGCUUGGUGCAGUGCUCUCACCAGGUUGCUUCCCAGGAUUAUGAGGCUGUUGCUCGAGGCAGCUUUUCUCUGCUUUGGAAGGGGGCAGAAGCCCUGGUGGAGAGGCAUGCUGCACUUUCAGCUCGGCUUAAAGCCUUGAGUUUCCUAGUACUCUUAGAGGAUGAAAGUACCUCUUGUGAGGUUCCGCACUUUGCUUCUCCAACAGCUUGUCGAGUGGUAGCUGCCCAUCAGCUAUUUGAUUCCAGUGGGCCUGGUUUGAGUGAAGCAGAUGCUGAUUUCCUAGAUGACCUGCUCUCCAAGCAUGUGAUCAGAGUCUUGGUGGGUGAGGGAGGGAGCUCUCCUGGUCCUCUUUCUCCCCAGAGGGCCCUCUGCUUCUUGGAGCUCAUUCUGGAACACUGUCGUCGUCUGUGCUGGAGCCGUCACCACACCAAGGCCACCCAAGCAGUGGAGAAGGCUCAUGGUUACCUAAAGAACACAGAUCUGGCUCUUAGUCUCCAGCUGUGUCAGCUGGGGGUUGAGCUGUUCCAGGUCCGGGAGGGAGGAGGGCCUCAGACAGUGGCGAAGCUUCUGGUGAAGGCAUCAGCUGUUGUGAAGGCCAGUAUGGAAGCACCAUCACCGCCGCUGCGUGCGUUGUGUGAAAGCUGCCAAUUCUUCCUAUCAGGCCUAGAGCGAGGCACCAAGGGACGUUAUGGAUCUGAUGCUGUUCUGGGCCUUUCUGCUUUUCUUUGCAGCUACUGCUCCCUCAUCCGGCAGCUGCGGGAUGGUGUUUUUGCAGACUCACCCAAGCAACAGCAGUCUUUGGUUCAGAUGCAGUUUCAAGGACUUCAUCUCUACACUCUGGUGGUUUAUGACUUUGCCCAAGGCUGCCAGGAGGCUGAUUUGACUGACCUUGCCCAGCUGGUGGAGAGUUGCAAAUCUACUGUUGUCUGGAUGCUGGAGGCCUUAGAGGGUCUGUCAGGCCCAGAGCUGACAGACUAUCUAGGGAUGACUGCCUCAUAUACCAGUAACUUGGCUUACAACUUCUAUAGUCACAAGCUCUAUGCUGAGGCCUGUGCCAUCUCUGAUCCCUUCUGUCAGCACUUGGGCUUGGCUAAGCCAAACACCUAUCCUGAGGUGCCACCUGAGAAGUUGCAUAGGUGCUUCCGGCUGCAUGUGGAGAGUUUGAAGAAACUGGGUAAGCAGGCCCAGGGCUGCAAUAUGGUGACUUUGUGGCUGGCAGCCCUGCGCCCCUGUGGCACCAAACACAUGACUGAACCAGUCAACUUCUGGGUUCGGGUCAAGAUGGAUGCGGCCAGGGCUGGAGACAAGGAGAUACAGCUGAAGACGUUGCGUGACAGCUUGAGUGGCUGGGACCUGGACACUCUGGGCUUUCUGCUCAGAGAGGAGCUGCGGGCCUACAAGGCGGUACGGGCUGACACUGGGCAGGAACGGUUCAAUGUCAUCUGUGACCUGUUGGAGCUGAGUCCUGAGGAUACACCCACCGGGACUUGGGCACGAGCCACCCACCUGGUGGAAUUGGCUCAGGUGCUCUGCUAUCAUGACUUUGCCCAGCAGACCGACUGCUCUGCCCUUGAUGCUAUCCGGGAAGCACUGCAGCUUCUGGAAUCUGUGAGGCCCGAGAGCCAGGCCGAAGAUCAGCUUCUGGAUGAUAAAGCCCAGGCCCUGCUGUGGCUCUACAUCUGUACCUUGGAGGCCAAAAUGCAGGAAGGUAUUGAGCGAGAUCGAAGAGCCCAGGCCCCGUGUAACCUGGAAGAAUUUGAAGUCAAUGACCUGAACUAUGAAGAUAGACUCCAGGAAGACCGUUUCCUGUACAGUAACAUUGCCUUCAAUCUGGCUGCAGAUGCUGCUCGGUCCAAAUGCCUGGACCAGGCCCUGGUCCUGUGGAAGAAGGUGCUGACAAGGGGGCAAGCCCCUGCUGUGCGGUGUCUCCAGCAGACAGCAGCCUCACUGCAGAUCCUAGCAACACUCUAUCAGCUGCUGGCGAAGCCCCUACAGGCUCUGGAGGUCUUCCUGCUUCUACGGACUGCCUCCAAGAGACUAGAGGACCCUGCCAAGGCCGCUGGCUCCUCCUGCCAUAUCACCCAGCUUCUCCUGUCGCUUGGCUGUCCCAGCUAUGCCCAGUUAUUCCUGACAGAAGCAGAAUCAAGCUUGAAGCUUCUCGAUGAUCAUACGUCUGACACAUACUUGCUCCUUGCCAUGACCUGUGAUCUACUUCGAAGUAAACUCUACUGUACUACCCAGAAGGUGACUGAGGGUGUUUCUCUGCUGCUGUCUGUGCUUCGGGAUCCUGCCCUCCAGAAGUCAUCUAAGGCUUGGUACUUGCUGCGUGUCCAGGCACUGCAGUUGGUGGCAGUGUACCUUAGCCUCUCCUCCACCAGUCUCCCUCUCUCCUUAGGGGAGCAGCUGUGUGCCCAAGGCUGGCAGACACCUGAGGUAGCACUCAUUGACUCCCAUAAGCUUUUGCGAAGCAUCAUCCUCCUGUUGAUGGGCAGUGAUGUGCUCUCGGUUCAGAAAGUGGCUGUGGAAACACCAUUUCUGGACUACGGUGAAAAUCUGGUACAAAAAUGGCAGGUUCUUUCAGAGGUGCUGAGCUGCUCAGAGAAGCUGGUCUCCCGCCUGGGUCUCCUAGGCAGUGUGAGCGAAGCCAAGGCCUUUUGCUUAGAGGCUCUAAAACUGACCAUGAAGCUGCAGAUACCACACCAGUGUGCCCUGUUCCUGGUGCUAAAGGGGGAGCUGGAGCUGGCACGCAGUGACCUGGACCUCUGUCAGUCCGACCUGCAACAGGUUCUGUUCUUGAUGGAGUCAUGCACAGAGUUUUGUGGGCUAGCCCAGCACCCCGACUCUGUGAAGAAGGUCCACCCUCAAAAGGGGAAGCGGCAGGCCCGGGUCCGCUGCCCUCCAGAGCUCCCAGAGGAGGAGCUCUUCCUAAGAGGCCCGGCUCUGGAGCUGGUGGCCACUGUGGCCAAGGAGCCUGGUCCCACACCACCGUCUACCGUCUCCUCCCCGAUCCUGAAAGCCAAGCCCCAGCUCAGCCCUAGCUUCCUGUCCCACUCACCCACCUGUGACUGCUCCCUCUGCACCAGCCCUGUCCUCUCAGCAGUCUGUCUGCGCUGGGCACUGGUCACAGCAGGGCUGAAGCUGGCUAUGGGCCACCAGACCCAGGGCCUGGACCUGCUACAGGCUGUGCUGAAGGGUUGUCCCGCAGCCUCUAAGCGCCUUGCUCAAGCUCUGCAGACUUCUCUGAAUCACAGACUAGUUCCCUCCCCUGUUCCAAGCUUCUUGGAUGAGAUUUUGGCUCAAGCAUAUACACAGCUGGCACUGGAGGGUCUGAGCCAGCCAUCAGACAAGAGCCUGGGGAAGGUCCUAGAGUCAGGGUUGAAGUUUGUGGCAGCGCGGAUACCCUUCCUGGAACCCUGGCGUGCCAGCCUGCUGUUGACGCAAGCCCUUAUAAAGUUGGUUGGCCUCAAAUGCUGUCCCACCCAACUGUUUGCAAACUCUUGGGACUGGCAACCAGUGGUUGUAAAGAAUCCUCCAGCCUCAGAGAUCUCUAAGACUCGGAACAACAAACAUCUGGGAGCAGGGCACCAACAGAUGACCUCUGCUACCCUGCCCUACCAUAACACCUCCCUGAAAGGUCUGGAAGGUGGACCACCUUGUACACCCAUGCCCCGGGGCCGGGUUAGGCAGGCUGGCCCUCGAAUCCCCUUUACUGUGUUUGAAGAAGACUUCUCUACAAAGAGCAAGCCUGAGGUUCCUAAGGCCCCCAGGGUACAACAGAAGGUCCAGACUCGACUCAAGGUGAACUUCAGUGAUGAUAGUGACUUGGAAGACCCUGUCUCAGCUGAAGCAAAUUUUUCUAAGGAGCCUAAGAGACGCAGCUGUGCUUCCCGGGGCCGGGGUCGGACUAGGAAGGGCUUGAAGACUAAUGCAGUGGUUGCCCCAGAUGGUGCUCUUGAGCACCCUGGCCUGAGUGGCAGGAACCGGAGAGCCAAGAAGGUGGUGUCAGGACCUUGUGAGGCGAGGGGUCCUGAGAUCAUGAGAACCAUCCCCGAGGAAGAAUUGGCUGACAGCCUGAUGGAAAUGAGCUUUGAGAUCCUCAGGGGCUCUGAUGGGGAAGACUCGGCCACAGGAGGGGACUCUGAAAAAGUCAUGUUCUCUCCAGCUCCAGGACCUGAAGCAACCAUAGGAGAAUGUGAGGUGCUGAGGCGAGAUUUCAGCAAGGAGGAGCUUCCCACCCCGUGCCCAGACAAGGAGCGCAGUAGUUACUUCAGCCCUGGGCUCCAGCUCCCCUCGACCCCUGUAGCCAUUGGUCUUUCCACCCUCGAUUCCAUCUGUGACUCACUGAGUCUUGCUUUCUGUGGGAUCAGUCACUGUCCUCCUAGUGGGCUCUAUGCCCACCUCUGCCGUUUGCUGGCCUUGUGCCUGGGCCACCGGGACCCUUAUGCCACUGCCUUCCUUGUCACUGAGUCUGUCUCCAUCACCUGUCGCCACCAACUGCUCACUCACCUCCACAGGCAGCUCAGCAAGGCCCAGAAGCACCGAGGAGCUCUCGAAGUGGCAGAGCAGCUGCAGCACCUGAGCCUCCAGGAGAAGGCUGGAGAUGUCCCCCUGGCCCGCAUCCAGCACCUCUUUUCCUUCAGAGCGUCCGGCUCUGGCCACUUCCCCCAGCCUGAGAAGGAGAGUUUCAAGGAACGUCUGGCUCUGAUCCCCAGUGGGGUGACUGUGUGUGUGCUGGCCCUGGUCACCCUCCAGCCUGGAACUGUGGGCAACAUCCUCCUGCUGACCCGGCUAGAAAAAGACACUCCCCCAGUCACUGUGCAGAUCCCCACUGCCCAAAGCAAGCUUCCUCUGAGUUCAGCCCUGAAGGAGUUUGACGAUAUCCAGAAGGCACAGAAAGAGAACAGCAGCUGCACUGACAAGCGAGAAUGGUGGAAGGGGCGGCUUGAACUGGACCAUAGGAUGGAGGUUCUUAUCACAUCCCUAGAGAAAUAUGUGCUGGGCUGCUGGCGGGGGCUGUUGCUGCCAUCUGGUGAGGACCCAGGCCCUGCUCAGGAGGCUUCCCGCUUACAGGAGUUGCUGCAAGAGUGUGGUUGGAAAUACCCCAAUCCCACUCUGCUUAAGAUUCUGCUCAGUGGGGCCAAUGCCCUCACCUCUCAGGACAUUCAGACCCUGGCUUACGGACUAUGCCCAGCCCAGCCUGAGAGAGCCCGAGAGCUCUUGAGUGAGGCAGUAGGACGUCUACAGGGUCUGACAGUGCCUAUUGACAGCAGUAGGCACCUGGUCUUGGUGCUGGACAAGGACCUGCAGAAGCUGCCAUGGGAAAGCAUGCCCAGCCUCCGAGCACUGCCUCUCACCCGUCUACCCUCCUUCCGCUUCCUACUCACCUACUCUAUUGCCAAAGAGUCUGGGGCUUCGUCAGUGCUGAGCCAAGGUGUUGAUCCGCACAGUACCUUCUACGUCUUGAAUCCUCACAAUAACCUGUCAAGCACAGAGCAGCAAUUUCGAGGCACUUUUAGCAGUGAAGCUGGCUGGAGAGGGGUGGUUGGGGAGGUUCCAAGCCCGGAGCAGGUGCAGGCAGCCCUGACGGAACAUGACUUAUAUAUCUAUGCAGGACAUGGGGCUGGUGCCCGCUUCCUGGAUGGGCAAGCUGUCCUGCGGUUGAGCUGCCGAGCUGUGGCCCUGCUGUUUGGCUGCAGCAGUGCAGCGCUGGCUGUGCAUGGAAACCUGGAGGGGGCUGGCAUCGUGCUCAAGUACAUCAUGGCUGGCUGCCCCUUGUUUCUGGGUAAUCUCUGGGAUGUGACUGACCGUGACAUUGACCGCUACACGUCAGCUCUGCUGCAGGGCUGGCUUGGAGCAGGUCCAGGGGCCCCCCUUCUCUAUUAUGUCAACCAGGCCCGCCAAGCUCCCCGACUCAAGUAUCUUAUUGGAGCUGCACCAGUAGCCUAUGGUUUGCCUGUCUCUCUCCGGUGA